CAAGUAAACAGAAAUCGUGGCGACGACGUCAUUGCCCAGUGACACGUGUUUGAGUUUCGCGAGAAAACGUAAAAUAUAACCAAAAUGAAUACCGAUACAACUGUUGUGAGUUUUUUAACUGAUUUGUGCGAAUCAAAUCCGGAAGUGCACAAAUACAUGUCUGAUUUCGAAGCAUCACUCGAGCAGAACUCCGAUAUUAACGCAGAAAUGAGCCAGCAUUAUAACCCUUUGAUAAGGCGCGCUGAGUCAGUAAGCGCCGCAAGGGCCGAGACACAAUGUGCGGACAAGAAGAAAAGUGCCACGGACGUGCGCAAUACUCUGAUUAAAUCUAUGGUCUUCGCUUGCAUGGGCUUCGAUUAUCUGCAAGCAAAGCUUAUGAUACCACAGGCAGAAUCGAACGCAAUGAACCCACCGGGCACAUUGAGCCCUGCUCAGAUAUUGGAAACACUCGGGGUCUUACCCACCGAAAAUAAGCCAAAAGAGAAGGGGGGAAACGAUGUGGGAGACGAGCCAGCCCCUGGCGCCCAGACUGUUCAGGAUCCCUCAACAGGCUGCGAUCUGGAGGAGCCAGUGGACCAUGAACAUAAACAUCAAUGGGACAUGGAUACAAAUCAAUGAAGUUUUAGUUUGUCUGUUUGAUACUUCUUUAAAAAACCGAACCCGACAGUGAAGCUUGAAUUUAAGCAGCUGUACGAUGUGCCAUGUGGUCAUAACAUAUUAUUUUAAUUUUUUAAUGUAGCAGUUUAAUCUUUUUUAAGAAUCGGAUCAGGAAAGAAUCGAAUUCUGUAUGGUUUGCUUUUAAUUAACAUUUUGAAUGUAAAGAUUGAAGUUAUAGCCCCUUCAACUAAUGAAAUAAUAAAAGCAUU